AUGACGACAUCAGAUAUUACAGUGCAAGAAAUACUUAUUUAUCCAAUAAAAUCUUGUGGUGCUAUUAAAGUCAAUGAAGCACUAACAACUCGUUAUGGACUUUCACUUCCAUCAAAUCCUUUACUUUCUGAUCGACGAUGGUUGGUUAUAGAAGGAGCUCGCCAAAGGAAUCAACGUCAUAUGUCUCGAAUGGCAUUGAUUCAACCAACAUUUACAUCAUCAGGUCUUCAAGUUGAUGCACCUGGAAUGACAUCAUUAAUGAUUCCUUAUAAUCCAUUACCAAAAGAUAUUAUAGAAAUAGAAGAACUUAAUGUUAAAGGUCGAGCAUAUGGUGGUAAAAUUGCCGAAUGGUUUUCGACAUUUUUAGAAAGACCUGGCUUAGAUUUAAUUUAUUUUGAUGAACAAUUUGAACCUCAACAUACAAAAAACAUUGAACGAGAAUUUCCAAAUGAAGCACUUGACUCAGAUGUCGUAGUCUAUCAUGAUAUGAGUCCAUUUCAUUUAGGUUCAUUGGAAUCAAUAGAUGAUCUUAAUAAACGAUUACCAAAGCCAAUUAAAAUAUAUAAUUUUCGACCAAAUAUUAUUGUUAGUGGUGUUGAUAAACCAUAUGGCGAAGAUUAUUGGCGAGAAAUACAAAUUGGUGAUCAAGUUAAACUUCGAUGGUUUCGAUCAUGUUUGCGGUGUUUAUUGCCAACUGUAAAUCAAGAAACAGGUAUUCGUGAUGAAAAACAAGAACCAUGGAAAACACUUCAAACAUAUCGACGUAAACCAGAGUUGUAUGGUAUUAAAGCACAAUUUGGAAUAUAUCUUGCAACUAGUGAAAAUGGUAUUAUUCGUGUUGGUGAUCGUGUUCAUGUUUUACGAGAAGAUAAAAACUUUUAA